UAGCAGUAAACACUGCCAUGAGAUGACUUUUCCCAUUUUCUUCCACAGGUUACAGCACUACUCGACCAUUCUCAUCAGUCACCACCCAAUCUCUCUGCCCAUAACAUCACAGUGACUCUCUCUCUCUCUAAAAAGCUACAAGAAAUUUAUGAUGUUAGGCUCGUUUGGGAACUCUUCCCAGUCUCCAAAGAAGCAGCAGCAGCAGCAAAAGCAAGAAGGACAAUGGUUAGCAUUAAGUUUCAACCCAGAGAACUUUAUUCCAGGCCUUGUCAUUGGUUUCAUUCUUGGGCUUUUGUUGGAUCUAUCUAAGCCCCCAAAAAACAAAACUAAUAAGAAAAAUUUCGCACCAGGCAAACCGCAAUUUGCUGUCUCAAAUAACAGUGACCAAGAACUCAAAAUGGUUCUCGUAGUUAGACAAGACUUAAAGAUGAAAUCAGGAAAGAUUGCAUCUCAAUGUGCUCAUGCUGCCACUGGCAUGUAUGCGGAAUUGAUGCAAAGCCAUCGAUCCCUUUUAAGACAGUGGGAGCAAUGUGGGCAACCCAAAAUAGUUGUUACAUGCAAGAAUCAACAAGAAAUGAAUAAGCUGAAGGAAGCAGCUGAGAACAUUGGCCUUCCAACUUUUGUUGUUGCCGAUGCUGGAAGAACACAGGUGUUGUCUGGGUCAAAGACAGUUCUUGCCGUUGGACCUGGACCAAAAGAAUCAGUGGAUUCAGUGACAGGAAAACUAUGCUUGCUCUGACAUUGUUGAAGAAAAAAGACCUUUUUCAUUGAGUCUCUAAGUUCUGGUCAGUUUUCUGUGCAAUACUUUUGCUGCAUUUCUGAUGGGAGAGAAUGUUUUGUAAUCCGGAGAAGAGAACAUGGCCAAGGUGCUGCAGACCAUGCUUCAAGCAGUGGCUGAUUGAGAUUUUAUUUUUCUUAGUCCAUUUUCCAUAGGAGAAAUGUUAUUUAUUUUUUAAUACGAAAUGCCAUUAGGUGUCUUGUACACAUAAUCCCUAGAUAGCUGGAGAAAGUUAAGUGAUAGAAAGGGAGUUAGGUAUCCUGAAUCUUCCUUUGUACUGGUUUGAAUACAUGUAAGAUCAAAUGUAGAAGUUCAAAAUUCUAACUUAAUAUCCAUUCUUUUGGCAAUUAAAAAGGACAUGAAUUGUAUCAA